GAGCAUGUGUCCAUGCUGGUGAUCCUGCUCAACUGUGUGACUCUGGGGAUGUUCCAGCCCUGUGAAGACGUCAACUGCCAGGCAGAGUGGUGUCGCAUCCUCCAGGUGUUGGACGACUGCAUCUUCGCUUUCUUUGCUGUGGAAAUGGUCAUCAAGAUGGUGGCCCUGGGAAUCUUCGGCCCCAAUUGUUACCUUGGUGACAAGUGGAACCAGCUUGACUUCGUCAUUGUCAUGGCAGGGGUGAUGGAGUACUCUCUGGAUGGUCACAACGCCAGUCUGUCAGCCAUCCGUACCGUCCGAGUGCUCAGGCCACUGCGGGCGAUCAACAGAGUUCCAAGUAUGCGGAUCCUGGUGACGCUGCUGUUGGACACUCUGCCCAUGUUAGGAAACGUCCUCCUCCUCUGCUUCUUUGUCUUUUUCAUCUUCGGCAUUGUGGGAGUCCAGCUGUGGGCAGGACUUCUGCGCAACCGCUGCUUCCUGGGAGAGGACAUAAUAAGAAUGUACAACAUGUCCAUAAAUCCCUACUACAUGUCUGAGGACGGUGAGGACAGCCCAUUCAUCUGCUCGGCUCCCCGCGAGAACGGGAUGCUGCGCUGCCAAAGUGUGCCGCACUACUCUGAGGGUGGGGCCGAAUGCUCACUGAAGGCUCCGCAUGAAAGCUCAUCUCUGAUUGGAUCAUCCCCUCUGGUUGUCAGCGUUAAUGGCUGUGUUAACUGGAACCAGUACUAUAAUGUGUGUCAACCAGGGAACCUCAACCCUCACAAAGGAGCUGUGAACUUCGACAAUAUUGGCUACGCCUGGAUAGCCAUAUUCCAGGUCAUCACACUGGAAGGAUGGGUCGAUAUCAUGUACUAUGUCAUGGAUGCACACUCCUUCUACAAUUUUAUAUAUUUUAUACUGCUCAUUAUUGUGGGCUCUUUCUUCAUGAUCAACUUGUGCCUCGUGGUCAUAGCCACCCAGUUCUCUGAGACGAAGCAGAGGGAGAACGCCCUGAUGAGGGAGCAGCGCGCGCGCUACAUGUCCAACGACUCCACGCUCGCCAGUUACAGCGAGCCCGGCUCAUGCUACGAGGAGAUGCUACGCUACAUCAGUCACCUGUAUCGCAAGUUCACACGCAGGCUGCAGAGGAUAUACUCUGGGUGGCACAGUAAACGGCGCAAAAAGGUGAAUCCUAAUGGAGGCGGUGGCGGCAGUAACGGCGGGGGUAAUGGACAUGGCCACGGUUCCAGCAGGGGCUGUGGCGGAUCGGGCCCAAAUAGCGCAUUGUGGCUGAGGCCGAUCCAUAACCUCCUGCAGCACCAUCAGCACCAGCACUGUCGCCUCAGCAACGGUGGGCAGCACACCAUCAGCGUGGGAACUGCUGAGCACGUGGACCGAGAGGGAGGAGGGGAGGAGCUUGAGAUGAAGUCGCUUCCUGUGCGGAGAGGAAGUACAAAUGAAAAUAACAGCGGUGGUAGCGGCGCCAACCCGUCUGUCGUCAGCCCUGGCAUGGGGGUGUUGCUCGGGCGACUGAACGGUGGGAUGAACUACCCGACCAUCCUGCCGUCUUUUGUGUGCAGCUACAGCAGUAAGACGCCGCCGCCUCACUCCCAGCAGUGCAGGCCGAGCCCAGAGCAGCACCCGACGAAUCACCCCACGUCUGAACACACGGAGACGCUGAACAAGCUCUACAAGCUCAUGGGACAACACAGUCGCCAGAGGCUGUUGUACCAGCUGGCGGGCGUGGUGCCCAGCCCCCUGCUCCUGGAGCUGCUCAGCUGCCCUUUGUGUGCUCGCAGCCUGGAGACCUUAGAGCUGGAGCUGGGAGACCUGGAGGGAGGCCGAGGAGAGGCGGACGGACUGCACGACUUCCCCCAGGGUGGAGAUCUGAGAGGUGGAAGAGGUCGAAGCAGGCGGCGGGGGGUGGUGGAGUACAAAAACGGAGUGGUCGGAGCCUGGGUAAACUUCAGGGAGAAGCUGAAGAGGAUCGUGGAAAGUAAAUACUUCAAUCGGGGGAUCAUGAUCGCUAUCCUCAUCAACACCCUCAGCAUGGGGAUAGAGUACCACGAGCAGCCCGAGGAGUUGACUGAUGUGUUGGAGAUCAGUAACAUCGUCUUCACCAGUAUGUUCGUGUUGGAGAUGGGCUUCAUGCUGCUGGCGUUUGGCUUGUUCGGGUACAUCAGGAACCCGUACAACAUAUUCGAUAGCAUCAUCGUUAUCAUCAGCGUGUGGGAAAUCAUUGGCCAGGCAGACGGCGGGCUGUCAGUCCUGCGAACGUUUCGUCUGCUGCGGGUUCUGAAGCUGGUUCGCUUCCUGCCCGCCCUAAGGAGACAACUGGUGGUGCUGAUGAAGACCAUGGAUAACGUGGCCACCUUCUGCAUGCUGCUGAUGCUUUUCAUCUUCACAUUCAGUAUACUGGGUAUGCAUCUGUUCGGUUGUAAAUUUAGUGACCAAACGGAAGAUGGAGACACGAUCCCCGACCGCAAGAACUUUGACUCUUUACUUUGGGCCAUUGUCACCGUAUUCCAGAUUCUUACCCAGGAGGACUGGAAUGUGGUGUUGUAUAAUGGCAUGGCCUCUACCUCUCCAUGGGCGGCCCUUUACUUUGUCGCUCUCAUGACAUUUGGUAACUACGUGCUCUUCAAUUUGCUGGUGGCCAUCCUGGUCGAGGGCUUCCAGGCUGAGGGUGAUGCAAACAGGUCGGAGUCAGACGAUGAGAAGAAAUCGGACAACUUUGAGGAGGACGAAAAGGUAGAACAGCUCAGAGACACUGAGCUAAAGAUGUACUCCCUGAUGAUGACAGCUAAUGGUCAUGUUGACCCUCGCGGCUCGAUGGCUCCUCCUAUAAUCAUGCGAACGGCAGCCACACCCAUGCCCACCCCCAAGAGCUCCCUGGGACCUGACUCCAUCCUCGGGGAUGAGCUCGUGGGGAUGCCUCGAUAUGGCGAGGUGGGACUGGGGUUUCCUGAGACGGAAGCUGGUCAUGCAGAAUCUCGUCGUGGGAGCUCCACCUCCAUGGACCCAUUAGCAUAUGACCAGCGUUCAUUGAGCCUCUCAAGUCCUGGACGGCGUUCCCCUCUCCCUCCCCGUGGGUCCGGCAGCUCCUGGGGAAGCCGCCGCUCCAGCUGGAACAGCCUGGGAAGAGCGCCGAGCCUCAAAAGGCGAGACACCAGCGGAGAGAGGGAGAGCCUGUUGUCCGGUGAGGGAGGAGAGGAGGAAGAUGGAGGGGAAGAAACGGGGGAGGCCGGGGGAAACAACAGAUUACAGCCGGGCUUGGAGCUGCUGCAGGCGUCUACUCUCUUGCCUUCCAUAGUAGCGGAGUAUGGGGACUGCAAUGGCAGGACCUUGACUUAUGACCCCAACGUGAACAACGACGCCAAGGACGAUUCCUCGCCUGAAGACGACCUGGACGAUGAUAGCUCCCUGUGCUCCUGGAUCAAGAAGGAGCUCCGCAACAUGAAGCCCCGCUGGUGCAAAGAGCACGAAGACUGGGCGCUCUACUUGUUCUCUCCAGAGAGCCUAUUACGGGUUUGGUGCCAAAGUGUGAUCUCUCACAAAAUAUUCGACCAUGUGGUUCUGGUUUUCAUCUUCCUCAACUGCAUCACCAUUGCUCUGGAAAGACCUGACAUAGAGUCAUACAGCACGGAGCGAGUCUUUCUGAGCGUGUCAAACUAUGUCUUCACUGUGAUCUUCUUUGCAGAAAUGGCCAUUAAGGUUGUAGCUUUAGGUUUCUGCUUCGGGAAGCAGAGCUACCUUCAGUCCAGCUGGAACGUUCUGGACGGUUUGUUGGUGUUUGUGUCUCUGGUCGACAUUCUGGUCUCUCUGGCCUACACUGGUGGAAACAGGAUCCUGGGCAUCCUCAGAGUCCUGCGUCUUCUGCGAACACUACGUCCACUCAGGGUAAUCAGUCGAGCCCCGGGACUGAAGCUGGUUGUGGAGACUCUCAUCACCUCUCUCAGACCCAUCGGGAACAUUGUCCUUAUCUGCUGCGCCUUCUUCAUUGUCUUUGGCAUCUUGGGGGUGCAGCUGUUCAAGGGGAAGUUCUACCACUGUGAAGGUCUGGACACAAAAAACGUCACCAACAAGUCAGAUUGUGCACAGGCCAAUUACCGCUGGAUACGAAGGAAGUACAACUUUGACAACCUGAUCCAGGCCCUGAUGUCAUUGUUCGUUCUGUCGUGUAAGGACGGCUGGGUCAACAUCAUGUAUGACGGACUGGAUGCGGUGGGAGUGGACCAACAGCCUGUGAGAAACCACAACCCCUGGAUGCUGCUCUACUUCAUCUCCUUCCUGCUCAUCGUCAGCUUCUUCGUCCUCAACAUGUUCGUCGGCGUCGUGGUGGAGAACUUCCACAAGUGCCGGCAGGACCAGGAGGAGGAGGAGGCCCGCCUGCGGGAGGAGAAGAGGCUCAAAAUGAUAGAGAAAAAGCGCAGGAGUAAGGAGAAUGGAGGGGCUGAGGCCAAGCAGAGGCCUUACUAUGCAGACUACUACCCCCUACGUCUGUCCAUCCACACACUGUGCACCAGCCACUACCUGGACCUCUUCAUCACCUUCAUCAUCUGCAUCAACGUCUUUACCAUGAGCAUCGAGCACUACAAUCAACCGAAGUAUUUAGAGGAGGUCCUGAAGUACUGCAACUACGUGUUCACCUUCAUCUUCGUCAUCGAGGCCCUGCUCAAACUUGUGGCAUUUGGGAUACACCGGUUCUUCAAAGACAGGUGGAAUCAGCUGGAUAUAGCUAUCGUGGCAUUGUCCAUCAUGGGCAUCACCCUGGAGGAGCUGAAAAUGAACGCAGCGCUGCCCAUAAACCCGACCAUCAUCAGAAUCAUGAGAGUGCUCCGAAUAGCAAGAGUGCUAAAACUUCUGAAGAUGGCCAAAGGGAUGAGAGCUCUGCUGGACACGGUCAUGCAAGCGCUGCCACAGGUGGGAAACCUCGGCCUCCUCUUCAUGCUGCUCUUCUUCAUCUAUGCUGCGCUGGGAGUGGAGCUCUUUGGCAAACUGGCCUGCAACGAGAACAACCCGUGUGAGGGCUUGAGUCGUCAUGCAACUUUUGAAAAUUUUGGGAUGGCCUUCCUCACACUGUUCCGUGUGUCCACUGGAGACAACUGGAAUGGGAUUAUGAAAGAUACUCUAAGGGAGUGUCAUUCAGAAGACCGCCACUGUCUCGCCUACCUGCCCUUGGUCUCUCCAAUUUACUUUGUCACCUUCGUGCUCAUGGCCCAGUUUGUCCUGGUCAACGUGGUGGUGGCUGUUUUGAUGAAACAUCUCGAGGAAAGCAACAAGGAGGCUAAAGAGGAUGCAGAGAUGGAUGCAGAGAUCGCCUUGGAAAUGGCGAUGGAGAGGCAACGCAGACAAAGCACAACUUCCCAUGGCAGCUCAGUGGAAGGAGCCUACGUUGGGCCGUGUCCACAGUCACCUGGACAGGAGGAAGAAGUCCAGUGUGAAGACCCAGACCUGCUGUCGUCAAGGAAGAUGUCCGUAUCCAGGAUGCACUCCCUGCCUAACGACAGCUACAUGUUCCGACCCGUACGGCCCGCCAGCGCCCCCUAUGCUUUGGAGGAGGUGGAUCUCAGUCCCCAGAGCGAGCAUCAGCAUUCAGGCUCAGUGACGUCGCUUCACUCGCAGCCAUGUGAGAGUCACGCUCUGCUGAAGGUUCCGGAAGUUUCCCCCGUUCACCCCCGGUUGCCUCCCACCCUCACCCUGCCCCGCAUCGCCCCGCCCACACCGAGCCUGUCUCCCCGUGCCCUGCACAGACAGGUGGCAGUUAAAGUGGAUUCGGUGGAGUCGCAGGGUUACGAACAACAGGAGAGGCCGAACCCUGUCCAUCGUCCUCCCCUGUCCCCUUCUCCCCUGUCUCUUCAUACCUCCUCCCCAUCUCCUCUUCCCCCUCCUCCCCCUCCUCCCUCCUCUCCUUCCUCCCUUCCCCUCCCACCCAGCUCGGCCUCUGCCUUCCCG